AGCCCGCUCGGCGACUCCUGUUCCUUCAGAUCCGACCGCAAUAGCGACCACAACCCCUCCAACAGCCUCUCCUCUCCUUCCACCUCUCUUGUUGCAUCCACAGCUUCGAGCUCAACUCCAUCCACCGCACCCCUGCCCGUAGUUGCCCUUGGCCCCUUCCAACCCCAGUCAUGACCCUGCAGACUCUGCCGGACAAUCCUCCAUCCGAGCCCGAGCACGAGCCCGAGCCCGAAGAGCCUGCAUCCGAAUCGACCCCGCUUCUGGCCCGGAGCCAAGGCAGCCCUCGCUAUGCCAUCAAUACGACGCUAGAGCCACCUCCGUCCCCAGACUCGGGCAGCUGGAUAUCGCCUCCGCCUGCAUCGCCCGGGGCCGACAUCAGCAUCUCCUUCGAAAACAUGCCCGACAUCCCGCCUCCGCCAUACUACGACGACGAGGUGCGGCAUGACGAACCCUUGCCCAACUACCACGAUGUAGUCGACGACGACGACGGCGACGAUGACGACCUUUGCGGACAGCUCACAGCCAUAUUCCUGUGCCUCCUCUUCCUGUUGACGACCUUUGGCAUGGUUGUGUUGCCUUUCAUUUUGCAGGAUCCAGGGGCAGACAUUCCCAUCAACCACUUUGAGGGCAACAUCAGCACCUGCACGCCCUUUGAUAUUCAGGUGCGACAGCCUGACAUUAACUCAAUCCUGAUCCCGACGUGGCGGUACCCGCGGAUCUACAUCAACACCAACCUGCCUGGAUACAUCGAAAUGACGAACGAGCGCCCGCAAGAGCUCAAGAAUCGCGCCAUCCGGUCGUUCACGCUCGGCACCAAGCGAAAAACAGGGCGGCACGGGACCCUGCAUGCCCAGGACUAUGACCACAAUAGGAUCAUUGGCGAGACGGAUGUCGCCAUCACCGGACACUAUCAUGUCGGCAUCGCCGAUCUGAUAGGCGCCGUCAACGUGUGGUACAACCUCGACUCGAUGGGCUCGCUGUACAUCGAUAUCAUGCUGGGACCCGGCCGCUCGAUCGGCAGCGACUGCCUGAAAUUUGCCAUGCAGAUUAUCCUGCCCUCGCGGAUCUACCAGCCCGAGCAAUUUGUUCUGUCCGUCACUGCGCCUCGUAUGACCAUCGUCGACAGGUCUAUCGCAAACCCACAAGCAUUCGUCGCCCGCUUCCAGAGCCUGUAUCUGGACGGCUCCAAAGUUGCAGUCCAGGGGAUCUCCACCAAGCGUGCGACUCUGCUCUCUCGCUCCCCGAGCGAUGUCGGCAUCAAUGCCACGCUGUACCAUGUUGAGGAUGUCACCGUAAAGAGCGAGAGCGCUUUGCACAUGAGCCUCUACAACGACAAUCUGCCUCAUCCCAAGAUUGAUGCCGCCGCCAAGUCAGAUGCGGUUGUUGCCUCGACAUCCAACUUUGACGGACGGUACCAAGUCACCGGUCCUAAAGUUCAUGUUGUUGGAUAUGGCAAGGAGGUAUGGGCCGAGCAGCACUACCUCGGCCAUUCGCCUUCGUGCGAGUCGGAACCGAGGCCUGCCUCGACACAAUCGUUGUGGAGCCUGCUUGCACUGGCUCCACAAGCCCCCCAGAGCUGCACAGGUUCGAUCAGCGUGGCAAGCGGAUCUGGCAUCGGCGAACUGAUCUUUCGAUAGAGCUCCGAAUGCGCUCACAACCGCAUAGUCACUGCCCACGCAGCCACCGCAACAGCAACCCACUUUCCUCUCCCCGUCCCCUCCUCACAACUCGCCUAAUCAUGCCUCCGG